AUGAGUGACGUAUGUUCAGACAUCCUGAAUGGAUGUGGCAAAUCUAACGCUGGGACUCAGAAUGAAGCCGCUUUGCUUGCUUUAAUUGAAAAGACUGGAUACAACAUGGUACAAGAGAAUGGACAGCGCAAGUUUGGUGGUCCUCCUCCAGGUUGGGAAGGCCCAUCUCCACCACGAGGAUGUGAAGUAUUUGUUGGAAAAAUCCCCCGUGACAUGUAUGAAGACGAACUUGUCCCAGUAUUUGAACGAGCUGGACGAAUCUAUGAAUUUAGGUUAAUGAUGGAAUUUAGUGGUGAGAACAGAGGUUACGCUUUUGUUAUGUAUACUAAUAAAGAUGAAGCCAUGCUAGCUAUUCGAAUGCUAAAUAAUUAUGAGAUCCGUCCUGGCAAGUUCAUUGGGGUCUGCGUUAGCUUGGACAACUGCAGACUUUUUAUUGGUGCCAUACCAAAGGAUAAGAAGAAAGAGGAAAUUAUGGAUGAAAUGAAGAAAGUUACAGAAGGAGUAGUGGAUGUCAUUGUGUACCCAAGUGCGACUGACAAGACAAAAAACCGAGGCUUUGCAUUUGUGGAAUUUGAAUCUCACAGAGCAGCUGCAAUGGCGAGAAGGAAACUGAUUCCAGGAACGUUCCAGUUAUGGGGCCAUACUAUUCAGGUUGACUGGGCAGACCCAGAGAAGGAAGUUGAUGAACAAACCAUGCAGAAAGUAAAGGUAUUGUAUGUAAGGAAUUUGAUGAUAUCCACUACCGAGGAAACCAUUAAAGCAGAAUUCAACAAAUUCAAGCCUGGCGCUGUUGACCGUGUAAAGAAAUUACGGGACUAUGCAUUUGUUCAUUUUUUUCAAAGAGAAGAUGCUAUUUCAGCAAUGUCUGUAAUGAAUGGCCGAUGCAUUGAUGGAGCCAACAUUGAAGUCACCUUGGCUAAACCUGUGAAUAAGGAAGGUAAUUGUAGACAGCAUCUCAAUGGGCAGAUGGGAUUCAAAGAUGAAAGCUUCUUUACUUAUGUAAAUAAUGAAGAAGGGUGCCGGAAGUCUAUUGGAAGAUGCUCGAGUUCUCCCGCAGCUCUCAGUGGCCGGCACAGUCCAACCCCUUCAGAAGCAGAAAGGUGCACAUACCCUUUCUACCCUGGAACAAAGCUUACUGCAACCAGCAUGUAUUUAUUAAAGCCUCAUCAGUUCCACUCCGCUGUCAUCCAUUUAGAAUAUUAUUGUUACAAAAAUAAUAUGGCAUUUCCAGAAUACUAUUUGUAUUCAACUACCAGCCAGGAUGGAAAAGUUCUUCUCAUUUAUAAGCUUGUUCUUCCAUCUGUCGGAAACUCCCACAGUUACUUCAUGCCUGACAAGUUGUGCACAUCUUUGGAAGAUGCCAAGGAAUUGGCAGCCCAAUUUACAUUGAUGCAUAUAGGCUACAGCAUUCAUCGCAGUUCUUCGCCAUCUGUUUGUGAUGCUCAGUCGCCUGUGUCAGCAAGUGUCUUGCCAUUCACUUCAAGGUCUUAUUCUUACCCGAGCUAUUCAGUGUCACCAACAUUGUCCAUUCCAAAUGGAAACCAAAUGGAGCAAAGACUUUUUUUCCCUAAUCAAUCUUCCUAUUUUUAG